AUGCAAACUUUGCAUAUAUUUAUGCUUGUAAUAGCAUUUUUUCUAUUUGUUGAUGCAUUACCACACGCAAAGCCUAAAAUUCAUACAAUUCCUCUAAAGAAAAAAUUAAUAAAUCGUCAACGAGCAGUCCAAAAUGUGGCAUUAGAACAACAAUCACCAGACCUUGCAUAUUUUGGGGAAAUUGCUUUCGGUGAUGAAGAUUCAGCCCAAAAAUUUGAUAUACAGUUCGAUACAGGGUCAGCUGAUUUCUGGGUUGUAUCUAUAGAUUGUAAUUCACCCGCGUGUGAAGAAAAGCUUAAAUACGAUCAAAACAUAGAUAUUGAUUUUGUAUCACUUGACAAAAAUUUCAAUGCCGCUUAUGAUGAAGGAUCAGCAUCAGGAGUAUCAGGAACUACCACUAUCGAAAUCGCUGGUGGUUUUCUAGUGGAAAACCAAGAGUUUGGAUUGGCUAACAUCCUUUCUGAUGAUUUUGAACGCGAUGAAUUUGAAGAUGCAGAUAAAAAAGAAAGCGAAUUAACAAUUGGUGGAAGUAAUCCAUCAAGAUAUGAUAGUAAUUCAGUUACUUGGUCAAAUCUGGUGGAUAAUAAUCAGGGGCAUUGGCUUAUUCCUCUCGAUGAUUGCAUUGUUAAUGGCCAAGAAUUGGGAUUCCAAAAUCGUAAUGGAAACAUUGACACUGGAACCACGCUGAUAAUUGCGCCAAUUGCUGAUGCUCGGGCAAUUUAUGGCAAAAUGCAAAAUGUUAUGGAGCGAGACAACGGGCGUUUCUAUUUGCCUUGUGACAGCCAAGAUGUAAUUGGCCUGAGAUUUAAUGGUGCAACUUGGAAUAUUGAUGUUAGAGAUCUUAAAAUUGAAGACGGUGACGAAUGCUAUGGAGCGAUAACAGGAGACGACGAUACUG